AUGAUCCGUGUUCCAGCGCUCCAGGCCAGGACCGCCAGCAUCCGUCAAAGCAUUCGCUGGUCCCGCUCGCUCCCGCUCCAAGCCCAACACCAGCCAUGGUCUCCUCGCCGAUCCUUUGCCUCCCAGGAUAGCAGCACGCUGUCCCUUAUCGACAAGCGACUGCGGUUCAACCUCACGCCGGCCGAAAUCGAGUCCGCUGCCUCAUCCGCGCUCGAUUUGCAAAAGAAGAGCAAGAGCUUUUCCUCGUCCUUUGGCCAGCUCGCCCAGUGCGAUAACGACAUCACUGGCGAGCUUUCGGUUGUCCAGUUUCUCAAGCACAUCUCGACUGAGCCCGAGGUCCGUGCGACAAGUACUGCAGUGUCCCAGCAGAUUCAGUCGGCCCAGAUCGAGAUCUCGAUGCGAUCGGAUGUGUACCGCUCGCUGCUCUCGACACCCGUCUCGGCCCAGACACAUCCAGACGGAGACGAGGACUCCCGCCUGGUCGAGAAGACACUACAGGACUAUGAGCGCAAUGGCCUCGGUCUGAGCCAGGACCGCCAGGACCGGCUCCGCAAGCUUCGGAUGAGGAUCUCGGAGCUGUGCCUCGAAUUCUCAAAGAAUCUCGCCGAUGACCGCACUGUCGUCAAGCUGACCCGUGAUGAGCUGGAAGGUCUUCCGGAGGCGUUUCUGCAGGGCCUGGAAAAGGCGACGGAGGAUGGCAUCGACAAGUACAUCGUGACGAUGAAGUACCCGGAUAUUAUUCCAGUCAUGAAGCUUGCAAAGAGGGACGAGACGAGAAAGAGACUCUACAUUGCCAACUCGACAAGAUGCGCCCCAAACAUUGACAUCAUGCAGGAGGUGAUCCAACUUCGGAACCAGUGCGCCACGCUUAUGGGAUGCAGCAGCCACGCCGAGUUCCAGCUCCAGCCCAAAAUGGCAAAGACCCCCGAGCAAGUUCUGACGUUCCUCAACAAGCUGCGGGAAGGUGUCACACCCAUUGCCCGGCGCGAGCUCCAGACCCUGAUCGAACUGAAGCAGAAGGAAAAGUCAGCCCUUGGACAGGCGUUCGAUGGCCAGCUUCAUGCUUGGGACGUGCAGUACUAUAGCGACAUGCUCCUUCGUGAGCAGUUUCAAGUCGACCACGAGAAGAUCAAAGAGUACUAUUCUCUUGACGCCGUCACCAAAGGCAUGCUGGAUCUCUACGAGAAGAUCCUCCAGGUCCGCUUUGUGCCUGUGGAGUCCCACGUCUGGCAUCCGGACGUGCAGCUCAUCCGUGUGGAUGACUCAAGCACGGGAGAGCUCGUUGGUCAUUUCUACCUCGAUCUCUUCCCACGGGACGGCAAGUACACCCACGCAGCAUGCUUCCCCUUGCUGCCCGGCCAUCUCACCGCUGACCAGCAGCGCCAAUCCCCCGUCGCGGCUAUGGUUGCCAACUUCCCCAAGCCUCGUCCAGGAUAUCCUUCGUUGCUGAAGCACGGCGAAAUCAUCACGUAUUUCCACGAACUCGGUCAUGUUAUGCAUGAGAUCUGCUCCAAGACCAAGUGGGCUCGGUUCCACGGCACCAACACCGAGUGGGAUUUUGUUGAGACCCCCUCGCAGAUGUUUGAGAAUUGGUGCUGGAACGAACGAAUCCUGACGGCACUCUCGAGCCACUACCAAACCGGCGACAAGAUCCCGCAGGAGCUCGUGCAGUCGCUGAUCAAGAGCCGCAACGUCAACGCGGGGCUAAACUGCCUCCGUCAGAUCUUCUUUGGGCUCUUUGACAUGAGAGUCCACGGCCUGGCCGAGAAUGAGUCAGUCGAUGUGCGCUCGCUGUGGCAGCAGCUGAUGGCUGAGGUGACCCUCAUUCCGGGCAUCGAAGGCACAUGUGGUGCAGCCACCUUUGGCCACAUCAUGGGCGGAUACGAUGCGGGAUACUACGGAUAUCUGUGGUCGGAGGUCUACUCAACGGAUCUGUUUGAGACCAUGUUCAGCGAGGAGAAUAUCCUCAAUGGCAUCCACGGGAGGGCUUACCGAGACAAGAUCCUCGGCCCUGGCGGAAGCAAGAACGGCAUCGAUAUCAUCCAGUCCUUCUUGGGCCGCCGCCCAGAAGACAGGAUGUUCCUCAAGCGCCUUGGAAUCUGA